AUGCUCGGUAAAUUAUCAUUGAAAUCAAGUCGAUCAGUACCAAUUAUUAUAAAUAAUGAAAAAUCAUUAGAAAAACAGAAUUCACCAUCAUCAUAUUUAAAUAUUAAAUCAGCUAUAGUAUUAAAUAAUCGUACAUCUGCACAAGAAAGUCAAGAACAUUUAGAUACUAUGCAUAAAAUAGUUGAUCAAACUGAUAAUGAUCUUCGAUAUGCACUUGAACAUGUAGUAAAUCGACGUGAACAACUAGAUGAAUUACAAUAUCGAUCCGAAGAAAUGCUUAGUAAAAAUGAAAAUCUUGUAUUUGGUAUUACAAAUUAUCGAAAAACUCAAGAACGUGAUAUUUUCUGGCAACGAUUUCGUUAUUCUGCAUUUGGAAUACUUACAAUAGGAAUUAUUAUUCUCAUAAUUAUAUUAAGUAUGACGAGUAAACGAUCAAUACCUUCAUCACAAAUUAUUGAUGUACGAUAUUUAAAUCAGGAUUUAUCUAAUAAAAAUAUAGCAUCAACUACGAUAUUAACAACAUUUCGAAGAAGACGACGAAAAAGACAGAGAUUAAAUGAACUAUUUACUUAA